AUGGACCCCAGCAAACUUUCAAUGGAACAGGGCAAAGCGUUCUUAAAGAAGGUUGGGAUUCCACAAAGAGAUAUCGACUUGAUGACAGAGAAGUGGGUAGUUGAUGCCGCUGUGGAGGUUCUGCUACGGUUUCCUCUGUUGCCGGGAGAGGAUCCAAGUGCCCGCUGUGUCCCGAUUAAGAAAUGUCAUCCUUCAGUGGUCCAGCCUCACAGAGCUUCCCAAAGACCUGGAGUCCAAGAGGAGAGAAAACUGAACAGUCAAUUCCCGAGGAAGAAUGACCAGAAGCCCAAGGACAUGAGGCAGAUAAAAGGUCACAACAUUCACAAUCUGCCCCAAAGACCCACUACGGCCCAGAAUGUGAAGAUGCUACAGAGGGAGCCAGUGGGGCAGAAGACUCCCUUCUCGGGAGAGAAGGGUACCAAGGUGAAAUGCAGGAAGUGUGGAGCCUUUGGACACUUGGCCAUCAGCAAGUGGUGCCCCAUGAAGUCCUGGGGUGGGGCCCUUGCUCCCCAGCCUUUGGGCUCCAAUAAGAAGGAGAAUCUGACACCCACGAACCCCCAGGACCUCCAGACUCCAGGGUCCGUCAACACGGCUGCCAGAGAGAAGGAACCAGAACUGAGAAAAAGUACUUAUCAAUGUUAUAAAUAUGAGAAGUCAUAUAUAAGGUCUUUGUUAGAACUAAAAAAUAACAUAACCUAUGCAGAAAACACUUAUAUAACAUGUUUUGAGAAUGAAGUUGGAUUAAGGUUUCAGUCUCAUCUGGCUGAACUUCAGAAGUUUCAAACCAAAGAGAAAAUUUGUAAAUGCAACCAAGUUGAGAAGUUGAUCAACAAUAGUUGUUCUGCUCCACCACUUCAAAGAAUUCUUCCUAGUGUCAGCAUCAACAUUUGUAAUAAAUCUGGGAAAAUUUUUAUACAUCCUUCAUUACUUACACAACAUCAGAGAGCACAUAUUACUGAAAAGCCUUACAAAUGUAAUGACUGUGGGAAAGCUUUUAGAGACGGCUCAAACCUCACUAGUCAUCAGAGAAUUCAUUCUGGGCAGAGACCUUACAAAUGUAAUGAAUGUGAUAAAGCCUUUAUCCAAUUUGCAAACCUUGCUAGACAUCGGAGAAUCCAUACCAGAGAGAAACCCUAUAAAUGUAAUAUAUGUGGCAAGAGCUGUAGUCAGAAUUCGAAUCUUGCAAGUCAUCAGAAAAUUCAUACUGGAGAGAAACCUUACAAAUGUAGUGAGUGUGGCAAAGCUUUUUCUGGGCAUUCAAGCCUAACUCAACAUAAGAGAAUCCAUACUGGAGAGAAACCUUAUAAAUGUAACGAAUGUGGGAAGGCUUUUAGAGGAAGCUCGAAUCUCACUAAUCGUCAGAGAAUUCAUUCGGGGCAGAGACCUUACAAAUGUAGUGAGUGUGACAAAUCCUUUAACCGAGUAUCACAUCUCACUAGACACCAGAGAAUCCAUACUGGAGAGAAACCAUAUAAAUGUAGUGUAUGUGACAAGGUCUGUAGUCAACAUUCAAAUCUUGUAAUUCACCAGAGAAUUCAUACAGGAGAGAAACCUUACAAAUGUAAUGAGUGUGGCAAAGCCUUUAAUGUGUGUUCAACCCUUACCCGACAUCAAAGAAUCCAUACAGGGGAGAAGCCUUACAGAUGUAAUGAGUGCGGCAAGGCAUUUAGCCAAUUUGCAAACCUUACUAGACAUCAGAAAAUGCAUACUGAAAAGAAACUUUGUAAACCUAAUAUACAUGGUAAUGCUUUUAUCCAAAGAUCAUGCAUUGGAGAUCAUUAGAUAAUUCAUAGUGGAGAGAAACCUCACAAAUGUAAUGUGUGUGGUAAAACCUUUUAUGCAUAUUCAAGCCUUACUCGACAUCAAAGAGUCCACACUGAAUAGAAACCAUAUAAAAGUCACGGAUUUGGCAAAGCCUCUAAGUAGGGCUCACACUUAACUAGACAACAGAAUAUACAUCUUUGAAAGAAAGUACAUAAAUGUAAUGGGUAUGGCAGGGCUUUUAUCCAAAGAUCAAGCCUUAUGUAAUGUUAGAAUUCCUCCUGGGGAGAAACUUUAUAAAUGUAAUGAAUGUGUUACGCUUUUAUCAAAUGUUCACACUUUUGGGGACAUGAGACGAUUCACAUCAGAGAGGAAACAUACAGUCUGACCUCAGGAUUCACCACAGAAUUUAUAUUGUAGAAAAAUCUUAGAAGUAAUGAAUAUGAUAAACUGUUUCACCAUUUUCUCACAACAGGCACAUCAAAUUCAUACUAGAGGAAACUAAGUUCUUAUCAGAGGUUAUUCAAGUUAAAUCCUUCUUAGUAAUGAAAAAUCAAAAUCAUAAAGCCUGUAAUGGCUGACAAAGUUACAAGGAUACCUGUGGAAAAGUUCUGUGAUCUUAAUUUAGUAAGUGUUUAUUUGAGAUUUCUUGAAAAGGCUACUUUACUUUUUGAUGGCUUUCAACCUGAGUUUUGAAAUCUUUAUUUUAUGCCUUCGUUACUGUUGUUUCAUAUGUCACCAUGAAGGUCUCUGGGAAGGAUUUAAUCAGAUGAAAGAACAUCCUUCCUUGGGUGAGGUUCAUGUUCAAAGUUUCCUGAAAGAGCAGGAACACUGAAUUUAUGAAACAAUACAGUAUAAAUUUGAAUGAGGGCUUGAGUGGUAUAUAAUAGAUGUAAAACUAUGAUCUAAGUCGUCAUGAUUAAUGUAUUAUGGGUUCUCUUCUUCAGUUUUGUUGGUAUGGGGUUUUUAUGGUGAUAUGGGUGGGGCUGAAGAGAGGGUAUCUGAAUGGUUUAAACUUUCCACCAGUGCCAAAGAAAAGGAGACCCAGGCUUUCUAAUCAUCUUGCCUAAGUUAGGUAGAAUGGGAAGAGGGGUGGGAGACUUAAAAGCUGUUAGUAGUCAAAUAAUAAAAAAUGAAUUCAAGACUAAUUCAACACUGAAUGUUUACUCUUGAACUUUCUUACUCCCUGGUUGGGAAAGACCACAAUUUUCCUCAUGUUAAUAACUGUGUACACAUUCUUUUCUGUUGCACAUAUAGGAUCCUUUAUACAAUAUAAUUGUUGAAAGUGUUUGUGAAAUACUGUUUAGGUAAACCGCCUGUGGUAUUUUUAUUGUAGUUUCAUGAAAGUAAUGUGUAGAAAUGUUUAUCAGACAAUAAAUAUGAUUUAAUAAUUUUAUUAGAGCAAGUUUUCAAAAGCUAUAAAAAUCUCAAUUUAAGAUUAUGGUAAUAAGGCUU